CAUAGUACGCAACUUGAUUUACGUGCGAAAUAUUUGGCGGUCGCACAAUGUACUACUUAGGUUGCGUUUCGUUUUUACCGGCUAUUCGUAGUCCAGCCACUGUAUUGUGUAAAUGAUGUGAUUAAUAGAAAACCAAAAGCACGGCUACAAGAGUGUAUCGAAAUGAUUUUUCUACUGUCAGUGCUAUUACUUCAGAACGAUCCAAUAGCACGUUAAUGACGAGGUAUACGAGUAGACUUUUCACCUUAUGGAUUUUCGUGGCCCAAUCUGACUACCAUACCGACCUCAACAUUCGGGGGUGAUUUUAGCGGCCUCUUCUCAUGGAUGACGGUCAUUUGAGAAACUAUUCACUGAAUUAGCAUUUAUGGGCAGCAGUUGUAGCGUGUGCGUAAAUGUACAUGUGAGUGACUAUGGAACGGAUUAAAAAACACAAUUUUCAAACGACCAUAACAAUUGCAAUCAUUUUUGGUACAUACACAUACCUUCGAAAUCCUACAUUAUGUACCGAUGAUAAGGGAACAUGGUUUUUGUCGUUACCUCGUAAGAUACCGUGUCAAUCGUCAGCGUGGAAAGAAACAGGAACGAUGACACGGAAAAAGCAUACUAGAAGCGUGGAGAUUCGCUAAACGUAUACAUACUCAUCACAUUGCCCACCAAGUGCCCCACCACGGCCGCUGUUCCCGAUCAUGUCACGUGAUUCACGUGUUAGUUUAAGGUUAACCAAUGACACAUGCGAGCAACGGCCAGUUCAGCACCAGUCGAGUAACGGCCUUCUAUUUGAGUGGAUCUUUGUUGUUGUCCGACAAAUUGAACAAUUGAAAAUUAAUGAAGCGUUUACGUGCUGAAAACUAGAUAGGAUUAUUCUCUUGGCACCUGGAAUAAGUAAAUAGAUGCAAAAUUAUCAUGGAUGGAAAAGUAAAAGCAGAAAGAGUGAAGAAUCCAUUGGAAGGAGCAAAUCCUCUUAGUGCCUUAACAUUUUCCUGGAUUUUACGUACUUUUUGGGUGGGUUAUCGGAAAGAGUUAGAAAUGGAGGAUUUGUGCAGACCCCUUAAGGAACACACAAGCAGUAUCUUAGGUAACAAGAUAACAAAGGCUUGGGAAGAGGAAUACGAAGCAUAUGAAAAACGCAAAUUACUAAGCGAAGAAAAAGAAAAUGGAUCUAAGAAAUAUAAUGUGAAAAAAAAGUUAAGGGAGCCCAGUUUAACAAAAGUUCUUGCGAAAUGUUUUGGUCCACGAUUAUUGGUUUAUGGUUUAAUUUUAGCAGUUAUGGAAAUUAUGCUCAGGGUACUACAACCAAUAUUCCUUGGUCGACUAUUGAAAUACUACGGACCGGACAAAAUAACAAAACAAGAAGCUUAUUAUAACGCGACUGGUGUAAUUUUAUGUUCAGGGAUAUUAAUAUUUGUUAUUCAUCCGUACAUGAUGGGCAUUCUUCAUAUGGGAAUGAAAAUGCGGGUGGCAUGUUGUUCAUUAAUAUAUAGGAAAGCACUGAAACUCUCAAGAACAGCUUUGGGUGAAACGACAAUAGGACAAGCAGUCAAUCUCCUCUCGAAUGACGUUAAUAGAUUUGACGUGGCAAUUUUAUUUUUGCAUUAUUUGUGGAUUGGACCACUAGAGACCAUUAUCAUUAUGUAUUUUAUGUACAAAGAAGUCGAAGUAUCCGCUUUUAUCGGGAUCGCAACGCUUUUAAUGUUUAUUCCCUUGCAAGGGUAUUUGGGUAAAAAAUCCUCUAUACUGCGACUGAAAACUGCCAUAAGGACUGACGAAAGAGUUCGAUUAACGAACGAAGUUAUUAGUGGUAUUCAGGCAAUCAAGAUGUAUACUUGGGAAAAACCGUUCAGUGGUUUGAUCGAGAAAGCGAGAAGGAGAGAAAUAAACGUAAUACGAGCCACAUCUUGGAUCAGAGGCGUUACCAUGUCUUUCAUUAUAUUUACUACAAGAAUAUCACUUUUCAUUACUAUAUUGGCGUACGUUCUAUAUGGUAUUAAAAUAACUGCCGAGAAAGUAUUUAUGUUGACGGCGUACUAUAAUGUCUUACGUCAGGCUAUGACUGUUUUUUUUCCACAAGGGAUAACACAAAUAGCGGAAGCACUCGUUUCCAUAAAACGUUUGGAGAAAUUCAUGUUGUACGAGGAAAUUGAACCUUCAAACGAUAAGGAAGAAACGAACAAAGAAGAAUUAAAGGAUCCAGUCAAGUACAAAAUUGAUAUUAACAAUAUAAUAAAAGAAGGAAAUAUCGUUAAAGACGAUAAAAUUAAUACGAAUAAUUAUCAGGAAGAUAGUAUUGUAAUUCUAAAGAAUGUUAGUGCCAAGUGGUUUUCGUACGAAGAGGGAGACGACACAUUGAAGAAUAUUAAUAUCAGCAUAAAACCGGGCGAAUUGGUUGCUAUCGUUGGUCAAGUUGGUGCCGGUAAAAGCAGUCUGCUCAAUGUAUUAUUAAAGGAAUUGCCUGUACAUACCGGUUCUGUAAAGAUAAACGGUAAGCUAGCAUAUGCUAGCCAAGAACCGUGGCUGUUCGCCGGCUCUGUUAGGCAAAAUAUUCUAUUUGGCAGGAAAAUGGAUCAGUUACGAUACGAUCGCGUGGUUAAGGUAUGCCAAUUAAAAACGGAUUUUACACUGCUGCCGUACGGCGAUAAAACAAUAGUGGGCGAAAGAGGAAUCAGUUUGUCGGGCGGGCAACGUGCUAGGAUUAAUUUAGCCAGAGCGGUAUACUCGGAAACUGACAUGUAUUUAUUGGACGAUCCUUUGAGCGCCGUGGACGCUCAUGUUGGCAAGCACAUGUUUGAAGAAUGUAUCGACAAGUACUUGAGAGGAAAAACUAGAAUUCUUGUUACCCAUCAGUUGCAGUACUUACGAAACGUCGACAGGGUAAUAGUUUUAAAAGACGGAGCGAUACAAGCAGAGGGCUCUUACGACGAAUUAGCCACCAUGGGAGUUGAUUUUGGAAGGCUGUCGGAGAAUCAAGCAGCCUUAGAGAUGGAACGAUCAGCGUCUGCUGCUCCGAGCAGAAGCAAUUCUCGGAAUGCCAGUAUUACAUCGUUAAGUUCAUACGGUAGCAAUAUCACCGACUCGGUGGACCCGGUCGAGGUAGCCGAAGCGCGUACAAGAGGCAAGGUUUCCGGCAAAGUAUAUUCAGGAUAUUUCCGGGCCGGUGGGAAUUCGUGUGUCGUGUUUGUAGUUGGUUUGUUUUUCGUACUGACACAAAUGGCGGCCAGCGGUGGAGAUUAUUUCAUUUCUCAGUGGGUCAAUAUGGAAGAGAAAUACGUGAAUGGAUCGAAUGGUAAUCUAGUCAUAAACUGGGAGAGCCCGAUAUCACGUCAGAUGUGCAUAUAUUUGUACAGCGGUUUGACCAUUUUCACAGUAAUAAUAACUUUAACGCGUUCGUUCGCAUUCUUCACUGCGUGCAUGAGAGCAUCUAAACGGCUGCACGAUUGCAUGUUUGAAAACAUUAGCCGUGCAACGAUGCGUUUCUUCAACACGAACACGUCGGGACGUGUUCUUAAUAGAUUCUCCAAGGACAUGGGCGCCAUAGACGAAAUGUUGCCACUCGCGCUGAUCGAUUGCUUGCAAAUUGGUCUGACUCUGAUCGGAAUCAUAGUAGUGGUCGCGAUAGCCAAUCCAUGGUUAUUGAUACCCACGCUGGCCAUCGGAAUACUCUUUUAUUACAUUCGUGUGUUUUACAUAGCCACCAGUCGUAGCGUGAAAAGACUCGAAGGAAUCACCCGAUCGCCGGUGUUUGGUCAUCUGAACGCUACUCUGCAAGGGUUGCCAACCGUACGAGCAUUUGGAGCACAGGAGAUUCUCACCAAGGAAUUUGAUCAACAUCAAGAUCUCCACUCGUCAGCGUGGUUCAUGUUCAUAGGAUCCUCGAGAGCGUUCGGAUUUUGGCUUGAUCUUUUCUGCGUGUUGUACAUCGUCUUGGUGACUUAUAGUUUCCUGUUUCUCAUGGACGAUUCCUCUGGCGGCAACGUCGGAUUAGCCAUAACGCAAAGCAUUGGGUUGACGGGAAUGUUCCAGUGGGGUAUGCGACAAAGCACCGAGUUGGAGAAUCAAAUGACUUCCGUCGAGCGUGUGUUGGAAUACAGCAAAGUAGAGAGCGAACCACCGCUCGAAAGUGCGCCAGAUAAAAAGCCGAAGGAAGAUUGGCCCCAGGAAGGAAAGGUUGAAUUUAAACAAGUGUCGAUGAGGUACGAUCCGGCAGAGUCUCCGGUGUUGAAGAAUCUGAACUUUAUAAUUUAUCCUCAAGAGAAGAUCGGUAUAGUCGGAAGAACAGGUGCUGGAAAAUCGUCUUUGAUCUCGGCUCUCUUCCGUCUCGCGGAUCUCGAGGGUGUCAUCUUGAUAGACGGUGUGAAUAUCACCGAGAUAGGUCUUCACGAUUUACGUUCAAAGAUCAGCAUAAUUCCGCAAGAACCGUUUUUGUUCUCGGGUUCGUUGAGAAAGAACUUGGAUCCUUUCGACAGUUACAACGACGAUAUGCUUUGGCAAGCGCUGGAAGAGGUCGAAAUGAAAGAAAUAGGUCUGGACGGUCACGUGAACGAGGGCGGCUCGAAUCUAAGCGUGGGACAGCGUCAGCUCGUGUGUCUGGCUCGCGCAAUCGUGAAAAACAAUCCUAUUCUCGUUCUCGACGAGGCUACGGCGAACGUUGAUCCACGAACCGACGAAUUCAUUCAACUGACGAUUCGGCGAAAGUUCGCGAAAUGCACGGUCUUUACCAUCGCGCAUCGGCUCAAUACAGUCAUGGACAGCGAUCGUAUUUUAGUGAUGGAUGCUGGCAGCGUCGUGGAAUUCGACGCACCUCACGUGUUGCUACAAAAGGACACUGGAUAUUUGACGAAGAUGGUGAACGAAACUGGAUCAGCAAUGGCGGAAGCCUUGAAAGAAGUUGCUCGCGUAAGCUACCAGAAUCGAACGUCGACUGCUCUUUGAUGAUCGUGCAACGAAUUUGCUAAUUUCCAAAUUGGAUCGUCCCGUUAUUACGGGCUAUAUUAUAUGUAUAUUUUCUAGUUUUACCGGGCAAUUUUUUGUACGAGUGUUUGUUGCGUGGGCAAAUAUCGUCGUCGGACCGAUUGCUAGAAUCGUUCGUUGGUGGAUAACGAUGUCUUUGAUCGAUCGUGAUUUAUCGUCUUGGGGAUUUUUUCACGACCGGAUGUCGCGUUCCUGAGCACAGUAUUAUUACAUAGAUUUUUGUAAACAACUGCCUUUUGUACACAGAUGUCGUUUUACUAUGAAAACCGUAGCCAUAAAAAGUCGUCGCGAGACUGGUACUUACUUAAUCCUAUGUACAUUACGUAGCACAGUUUAAGAAAGUAAUCCUUGUACCAACCUUGCUCUAUUGUUGUAACGUUUAAAUAGUUUCUGUCUGUAUGCAGGAUAUUCGAUCAUAUUGUUGUCCUUACGUUGGUGCUGUAACUACAAAAGUGAUACACGUCGAGAGGUCGGGUGUCUUUACUUUCUAAGAUGGAUUAUUUUUACCGAUCCGUGUGCUAUAGUAUAUUGAAACAGUUUUUUUUAUUAAAACGUCGAAGAUGUACUUGAUGAUUUAUGUAUGUACAUAGUUGUUACCGAAGGAAUUCGCGAGCCGAAGUUUUUCAAUGUUCUGCCUGCGUCGCAACCUGUUCUACGUGUAAGAUACGCUUAAACGAACGAGAACCGCGUUAUCGAUAGAAACAAACCGCUUGGCCACUUUCUACUUGGCGUCGAAGAGUAAAUUCUUCCUAAGCAAGCUUCGAGGGAUUCGUCUCCCAAGUAUCGUUUCGCGUUCUGUUUCCUUCUUCGUCCAACAAGUAAGCGUAUAUUGUACUUUUAGGUGAAAACAAUUGCCUUACGUACAAGUGCCUAUGUAAUUUUAUUAUUACAAAUGAAAAAUAUAAAUCUAGAGCAUUAUUUAUGUUAAUAAUACAAUGUGUGUGUAUGUGUGUGUAUGUGUGUGUGCGUGUGCGUGUGUGCGUGUGUGCGUGUGUGCGUGUGUGCGUGUGUGCGUGUGCGCGCCUUAAUUUUCUUCCUUAAACGGCUUCCCACCAUCUAAUUAUUUGUUAGAUCUCUUGAACGAAGAUUGAUCGUACAACGAACACGUUUUUACGUAACAAUUAAUCGGCAGUGGUUGCAGCAUAUUCACAAAGUGUAAUUUAUUUUUUACAACAAGAUAAAAAGUAACGAUCCGAGGAUUUCAGUAAAUAUAAAUAGUCUUGUUUAUUACGAACAACCAUCAACCUUUGUUCGCCGCGAAGAGAAACGGACGAACGCGGACCUUUGCUUUCUCGGUCUUUCAAGGACCACCUUACGAAUUUGGUAGAAAUGCGCGUGGGUAACCCCGACAUUACGCGACUGUGGACAAUGUCGCGGUCGGACGCCUGUAAGAUGCAACAGUUCGGAUAGUCCGACAUACUCGAUUAUAAUUAUUUUUGGUUACCGCACCCCGACGUAACAAUUAUCGAUCACGAGAAUAUAAAUUCGUUACGAAUAACCAUUAUAAUCGAUGGAAAUAGUUACGAAUAAUCAUCAAAGACAACCAGAACUUUAUUUUGGUUACGCGUG